UCCUGCUUAGCUUCCUUCCUUCUGAUCCCUCUCCAAUAUGGAGACUAAACAUCCUGAUCAGCUCUCAGUAGAACAGCCAAAUCCCCCAGGGGACAGCUCAUCACCCAAUCAAAACAGCCUGGGAAAGCAAGGUGGCCAGCAGUCCUCAAUCUCAGGCCAAGCACCAGCUCAAGAGGCAAGCCUGCAUCCUGAGAAGGGAGCCCAUGAUCUCUCCGAAGAGUUGAGCCAACAACUGGAAGACAUCAUAAGCAUGUACGGGUCUGCUGCCAGUCCCUCAGGGAAGGAAGGCACCUCCGAAAGUAAGGAGCAGCCCCAAAACACAGAGGCACUGGACAAUGAAGAUGUUGACUAUGAAGAAACCACUGAACAGACAGAACUCACUGUUCCUGAAGAGCCGGCCACAGCCAAAGAGCCUGUCAGCAAUAAAGAGCAAAAGCUGGGAAAAAAAAUCCUCAAAGGAUUAGGUAAAGAAGCUAACUUGCUCAUGCAAAAUCUGAACAAGCUGCAAGCACCUGAAGAAAAGCUUGAUUUUUUAUUCAAGAAGUAUGCUGAAUUGCUGGAUGAACAUCGCACUGAGCAAAAGAAGCUUAAGCUCCUACUGAAGCAGCAGGCUCAAACCCAGCGAGAGAAGGACCAGUUGCAGAGUGAGCACAACAGAGCCAUCCUCGCUCGAAGCAAACUUGAGAGUCUGUGUCGGGAGCUACAGAGGCACAACAAGACCCUAAAGGAGGAAACCCUCCAACGAGCACGAGAGGAAGAGGAGAAGAGGAAAGAGAUCACAAGUCACUUUCAGACUACCCUGACGGAUAUCCAGACUCAGAUAGAACAGCAGAGUGAGCGCAACAUGAAGCUAUGCCAGGAGAACACAGAGCUUGCAGAAAAACUGAAAAGCAUCAUUGACCAGUACGAGCUCAGAGAGGAGCAUCUGGACAAAAUAUUCAAACACCGAGAACUGCAGCAGAAGCUGGUGGAUGCGAAACUUGAAGAGGCUCAAGAAAUGAUGCAGGAAGCAGAGGAGCGGCACAGACGGGAGAAGGAAUAUUUGCUGAACCAGGCGGCAGAGUGGAAACUUCAGGCCAAAGUGCUGAAGGAACAGGAGACUGUGCUGCAGGCUCAGCUCACUCUCUACUCGGGAAGGUUUGAGGAGUUCCAGAGCCCACUGACAAAAAGCAAUGAAGUGUUUGCUACUUUCAGCAGGAAAUGGAUAGGUGAGUAUUUCCUAUCCAUGAAUACGACUAAGAAAAUGAAGAAGCUGGAGAAGGACACAGCCACAUGGAAAGCCCGAUUUGAGAAUUGUAACAAAGCCCUGUUGGACAUGAUCGAAGAGAAAGCCCUACGAUCUAAGGAAUACGAGUGUUUCAUGAUGAAAAUCCAGAGACUGGAGAACCUGUGUCGUGCUUUACAAGAAGAGAGAAAGGAACUCUACAAGAAAAUCAGAGAAGCAAAAAUGUCCGAAAAAGAAGACCAGGUUCAGCACACCUCUGACGAAGAGCCAGAGUCAAACGUCACCGAAGAUAAAGAGAUGGAUGCAGAGGAAGCCAACAGUGUUCAAAAUGCUGUGAAAAACCUGGCCACAGCCUUUACCAUUCUGCAUCAUCCAGAGCUCACCCCAGACCAACCAAAGGAAAGACAACCGGCAGUGAAUGGUCCUGAAGGUGGCAGUGACCUCACCCCCCAGCAUCCCGAACCAGCCCAUUUAAACCACCCCAACUCUUCUACUGCUUCAGGGAGUCCUCAGCCCCAUGUGGUUUCUCAGGCUGAGGCCAACAGGGUUUGUGAGGCUGCAUUUGCCCAUACAGCCUGCUGUACCCCUGCAGAGGCAGAGCUCCAAAGCCAGGGUCUCCCUGCCGGGAAUGCCCCAGGCCCGAAGCCCCAAAAGCCAGAGGCAAAAGCUUCUGGUCAGGCCUCACUGUCCCCAGCCCAGGACUCCCUAGCUGUAGUAGAGGCAAAAUAUAUUUCAUCAUCCCCAGAGAAUGAGGGAGAUCCUGCUGUGGUUCCUAGCUGUGAGUCUAGGAAGCAGUCCCCACCAAUAGUCACAGACAUCCCCCUCGGCCCUUCCACUGCUCUCCCCGGAGAGCCCGAUGCCUAUCUGAACGGAGUAGACUAAGCCUUGUUGACUCUUUUGGCUGUUCACCUGACUGCAUCUUCUUCAUAGCAGAAAGUCUGUGAAAGAAACUUCUAGGACUAGGAAGAGAGUUAGGGUCAAAACAUUGUUAAAGUUGUGCAGAACACAGAGUCUUUGCUGCUGUUCCCAGUUUAUAACCAAUAUGGAAAUUCUCUGUGAACGUAUAAUUUUCCCAUUGGCAGUCAAACACAUCAAUAGCAGUUAUACAUUACUUCCCAUUAAGGUUGUACCUUAAUCCAGUUUAUUAGCAGUAAGUUUUGGUAUUUAAAGACUCACUAUAAAUAUACUGAGAUGUUACAUUUAUUUCCACAAAUAACCCAA